AUGUGUCCCCCAAAGAGGCAACCUACCCCCUCCACCACCCUUGGGGCACUGGUUGGCCUCUCAGUGGGGUUUGGGACACCUCUGCUGCAUCUGAUUGGUGUGGAGGCUGAGAGUGUUGUGCCUGUGCUGUACUGCUGGUACCACAAGGGCAGUGGGAGGACCAAGCCAAGAUCAGAAUACAUUAAAAUCCUUGCACCAACACGAAAAUCUCACCAGCUAAUGUUUGCAAAGCUGAAGGUUUCCAUCUCCCCCAGCCCCGGUUGCGAGCGAAGCGAAGCGCCGCGGACCCCCCCCCCCCCCCCCCCCCGCCGCGGAGAAGGGCCGGGAGGAGAGGCGGCCGCAGCGCUGGCCCGGGACCCCCGGGGCGGGGGCCGCCGCAGGAAGCGGCCGGUGCAGCGGGGCAAGCCCCCGUACUCCUACAUCGCCCUCAUCGCCAUGGCCAUCGCCAACGCCGCCGAGAGGAAGCUCACCUUGGGCGGCAUCUACAAGUUCAUCACCGAGCGUUUCCCCUUCUACCGGGAGAACCCAAAGAAGUGGCAGAACAGCAUCCGCCACAACCUCACCCUCAACGACUGCUUCGUCAAGAUCCCCCGGGAGCCCGGACAUCCCGGCAAGGGCAACUACUGGACACUGGAUCCGGCUGCCGAGGACAUGUUCGACAACGGGAGCUUCCUGCGCCGGAGGAAGCGCUUCAAGCGCACCGACAUCACCACCUACCCCGGCUACAUGCAGAACUCCAGCGCCUUCACGCCCCCGCCCGCCGGCCGCCCCACGGCGCCCGCAGCGCCCUACCCCAACGCGCUGUGCUCGCCCGGCUACGGCCCGCAGCUCUCCGGCAGCGUCUUCCACCCGUAGCGGCCGGGGGCAGCGCCGCCGGCGCAGCACCCCAGGAUGUUCAGCAUCGACAGCCUCAUCAGCGGGCAGCAGGCCCUGCAGCCCUCGCCGCCCUCCGAGCUGGGCCACCCAUCGCUGGGCUUGCCCGCAGCCGAGCUGGCUCCCGCCUGCUCCGCCGGCAGCUCCGAGCCUCCCUGCUUCCAGGCACAGCCCGUCAGCCCCGGCCUGCUGAGCCGGGCCGGCCCCAACUCCCUGGCGUACCCCUACGCCGCCUCGCCCCCGCACCUGCCCGUGGCUCAGGGCAGCUACUCGCCCGGCAGCCCGCAGCUCUACGGGGCUCCCAACAGACUGGCGCUGCCGGCCAUGCGGCCCCCGGCCUGUGCCGAGCACGGCGAGCAGCUGCUGGGGCUCUCCGCCUCGCCCCUCGGCCAGUUCGGCUCCGGCAACGCGUACAUGAGGCAGCCCAACUUCCCCGCGGGCCUGGAGCGGUACAUGUGACGGGCCCGACGGGGCACAGCCCGGGCUCCCACCGGCGGCUCUGGACAAGCGGGCUUCUCCCUGCCCUGGGGGCAGCUGGGCUGGAGCCGGGGCUCCCCGGGCCCGGCUGUGUGCAGACGCGCAGUGUGGGAGGGCUCAGCUCCUCUCUCAGCUUAUUCUGAAGCGGAGGCAAGGUGAUCUGUUUGUCUGCUCCGUUCCUUCCCGGAAAAGGUGUUUUCUGGCGGCUGCAUCUGCCGGGCAGGGCUCCCCACGCUUGCCCUUGUGCCGCCUGCAGCAGCGCACCCCGGGGCACCCCAGGGCGAGCAGGAGCGCACUCAGGAGGUGGAACGUGCAGGAACUCUCUCUCAAAUGGGCUUUCUCCUCUCUUCUCCGAGUGCCUCCCGUGUAACUGGA